AUGUCUAAACGCAACGUAGCUUUCAUUAAACCAGAAGAACCAGAUUUUCUAAAAAGAAUGAAAGCACAAAUCGGUUAUCGAGAGGGGCCAUCGAUAGACGACAAGCGCGAGGCAAUAGAGAACUACGACGACUCUGAUGAUGAGGAAAAUGAGGACGAAAGACCCCAAGUGGUCGUAAUAAAGGAAGGCGAUUUAACAGAAGCGGAAGCUGAGCAGGCAUUCAAAGAGGAAAGCGAAAAACCGGCCGAUCUCAAUCAAAAAGUUGUCUUUAAAUCAAGAAAGCCAAAAUCCGAGAAAACUGAAGAAAACCCUAAGCCAAAAGCGGAAUAUAAAAAGAGUAAAAAGGCUAAACAAAAACAAGAAAUGAGUAAACUGUCCUUCAACGACGAGGACGAGGAAGAGUACUAG